GAGGCAAGGCAAGGGACAGAGAAGCCGCCAGUUAGUAGGUGGGCGUCGCAAUCGGGAUUGAGGGCACAUCGUCUUCGCCUCAUCUUCUUCCCCAGCGUCCACCCUCCAGGUAGGCCAUGGCUUCCACCGUCCCCUUCUCCGCGGCCAAGGUCCAGAUGCUCCAGGCGACGACCUGCCACGGCCACGGCAGCAGCUUCGCCGUCCCGCGAACCGGGCCGAGGCUGCGCUCCGUGGCCGUCAGGGUCAGCAGCGAGCAGGAGGUCAGGGCGCCGUCGGGGAGGAGCAUCGAGGAGUGCGAGGCCGACGCCGUCGCCGGGAAAUUCCCGGCCCCUGCGCCCUUUGUUAGACCCAAGGCCCCCGAGGGAACCCCGCAGAUCAGGCCUCUUGACAUGCCGAAGCGCCCUCGUCGCAACCGCAGGUCGCCGGCUCUCAGGGCUGCGUUCCAGGAGACAACCAUAUCGCCGGCUAAUUUGGUGCUCCCAUUGUUUAUCCAUGAAGGGGAAGAGGAUACCCCUAUUGGAGCUAUGCCCGGGUGCUUCAGGCUUGGAUGGCAGCACGGGCUUCUUGAUGAGGUAUACAAGGCACGCGAUGUUGGUGUUAACAGCUUUGUGCUCUUUCCAAAGGUUCCUGAUGCAUUGAAGACUCCAACAGGAGAGGAGGCAUACAAUGACAAUGGUUUGGUUCCGCGGACAAUUCGCUUGCUCAAGGAUAAGUUCCCUGAUAUUAUUGUCUACACAGAUGUUGCUUUGGACCCUUAUUCAUCUGAUGGUCACGAUGGCAUUGUGAGGGAAGAUGGUGUAAUUUUGAACGAUGAAACAGUUUACCAGUUGUGCAAACAGGCAGUUUCACAGGCACGUGCCGGUGCUGAUGUAGUCAGUCCUAGCGACAUGAUGGAUGGUCGUGUUGGGGCAAUCCGUUCUGCUUUGGAUGCUGAGGGUUUUAAUGAUGUCUCCAUUAUGUCGUAUACCGCAAAGUAUGCCAGUUCGUUUUACGGUCCAUUCCGAGAAGCUUUAGAUUCAAAUCCACGAUUUGGAGACAAAAAGACUUAUCAGAUGAACCCAGCUAACUACAGAGAAGCCCUCCUAGAAACUGCUGCAGACGAGGCAGAAGGCGCUGAUAUUCUUCUAGUGAAACCAGGAUUGCCGUACUUGGAUAUCAUCCGUCUUCUCCGGGAUAAUUCUGCUCUGCCAAUUGCUGCAUACCAGGUGUCUGGCGAGUACUCGAUGAUCAAAGCUGGCGGUGCGCUGAACAUGAUCGACGAGGAGAAGGUGAUGAUGGAGUCGCUCAUGUGCCUGCGGCGCGCCGGCGCUGACAUCAUCCUCACCUACUUCGCCCGCCAGGCCGCCACCGUGCUGUGCGGCAUGAGAUAGGCCGGGGUCAACCCCGUUGAGUGGGAAUGUGAUUAAGGUGUAGUAAAGUUGAGGAACACAUUUGACGUUUGACUUGAAGCACUUUAAUACGUAAUUGUGCACAGGAUUGCUAGUUUAUUUUUUUUACUGAGAAGUACAAAUUUUCUCCCGAUAA